AUGGGCAAUAAAGUGAACCCAACUAAUGGGAGCAUUGCUGUAUUUGGAUUUCGGAUGACGGCGUUAUGCAGUACUGACAAUUUUGUUGCAGCUGAUCCAACAGAAACUUCCAGGCAAUACACAUACGUCUUCAUCAGAGAGAAGUCACGGAUUCUUUGUGCAGGUACGGUCAAAGACACAGCAUUCAAAUUCUGUAGAAAGUCAAUCCCGCAAAGGUAG